AUGGACGAAAGUUUGGCACGUUUUCACCGGAAUCGAAGGAGAUUGCCACGGAAACAGAGUCAACAUGAAUGCGCCAGUAAAGCCCGUCGACAGCAGGUGAGGAGGAAUCGGCCGUCGUCUUCUGGUGGGGUCGGCCUUCGAAUCUCUUCACCAAAUACUUUCACUCGAAAUGCACGUCAGCUCAACAUGUCAGUCACGACGGGACAUGCGACGGCUUAG